AUGGUGCUGAGCACUCCCCACGCUGCGCCGCAGGCGCGGCAAACAACCGCCCAGAAAGCCAUCCAUUUCAGCUCCGAGGGUUUCGUCAGCGAGGCGUGCGCGGAUGUAUGGCCAAAGGAUGGCCACGCGAUGGGCGGCGAGUGGAUGGGAUUCCAAGGUGGUGUAUCGUCAAGCGAAAGCGUCUUCGUCGAUAUUGAUGUGCAGGCGUACGGCGGACGACGUGCGUGUGCGCCAACCAUUGUGGUGGGCGGCAACGCUGACAGGAAAGGGACGUCCUGGCAUGGUGGUAUCGCCGAGCUAUUGGAGUACCUGGUGAUGGUGGUGGUGAUGGAGGCCGAUGCUCGUGCUGAAUCUCGUCGGGCACACCCAGACGAGGAUGUGGUGGUUGGCGGGCUGCGAUGA